CCCCUGCGCUCGCCUCCUCUUCCUCGCAGCGGAGUUUGGCCCCAGCAGCCGCCGCGGUGAUUCGCCAGCAACAGAUGCCGGGCGCCCAGAUUGGCAUCCUUAGUCCCCGCUGAGCGCCCGAAGAAGAGGGCAGGAACCAGAGAAGGGCCGGGAAGGCGGGGACGGGAGUGCAGAGACCACCCCUCCCCAACCCCAAAAGGCAGAAGCCCCCGCCCCCACCGGAGAGCUCCGCGCCGGCCAAGCGCCUGCCUGCUGCCGCUGCCGCUGCCGCUGCCGCUGCCGCUGCCUCGGGCGCCCACCUCUCCCCAGCCAUGCCCGGCCCGGCCGCCGACGGGAGGCAGGUCCCCUUCCGCAACGCCAAGGAGGAGAUCCGUGCGAGGAUCGAAGUCUCGGGAGGCGGCGGCGACCCGCAGAGACUGGGCGGGCGCGGGCAGCGGCAGAUCGUCGUCUGGAGAAACGUCGUCCUGAUGAGCCUGCUCCACUUGGGGGCCGUGUACUCCCUGGCCCUUAUCCCCAAAGCCAAGCUGCUCACCCUGCUCUGGGCGUACUUCUGCUUCCUCCUAUCUGCUCUGGGUGUGACAGCUGGUGCCCAUCGCUUGUGGAGCCACAGGUCCUACAAAGCCAAGCUGCCUCUGAGGAUAUUUCUGGCUGUUGCCAACUCCAUGGCUUUCCAGAAUGACAUCUUCGAGUGGUCCAGGGACCACCGAGUCCACCACAAGUACUCAGAGACCGAUGCUGACCCACACAAUGCCCGCCGGGGCUUCUUCUUCUCUCAUAUCGGGUGGCUCUUUGUUCGCAAACAUCCAGAUGUCAUUGAGAAGGGGAGAAAACUUGACCUCACUGACCUGCUGGCUGAUCCUGUGGUCCGAUUCCAGAGAAAGUACUAUAAGAUCACUGUGGUGCUCAUGUGCUUUGUGAUCCCCACGCUGGUACCCUGGUGUGCCUGGGAAGAGAGUCUGUGGAACUCCUAUUUCUUGGCCUCCAUCCUCCGCUAUACCAUCUCACUCAACAUCAGCUGGCUGGUCAACAGUGCUGCCCACAUGUAUGGAAACCGGCCCUACGACAAGCACAUCAGCCCUCGGCAGAACCCACUCGUCACCCUGGGUGCCAUUGGUGAAGGCUUCCACAAUUACCACCAUACCUUUCCCUUUGACUACUCUGCGAGUGAAUUUGGCUUAAAUUUCAACCCAACCACUUGGUUCAUUGACCUCAUGUGCUGGCUGGGACUGGCCACUGACCGCAAACGAGCAACCAAGCCAAUGAUCAAGGCCCGGAAAGCCAGGACUGGAGACGGCAGCACUUGAACCUGGAACUGGCAUCCAACAUGUUUGCCAUUGAUACCUUAGUUCAUGGCUUUUGUUCCUAUAGUUCUCUUGUUCAUUGGAUGUGGGAGGGGGUAGAGGCUGGGGAGGGAAAGGAAUCUAUGUGGUUUGGGAACUUUUCGUUUGUCUCAAAAUAAUGUCAAGAUAUAACUAUCAAUGAAAAAAAGUUUUUAGCAUCAAUGUAACUAUGAUUUUAACAUUAGAGUGUGAACAUGUGAUUUAAUCGUUGUAGCUACAAUAUGUCAAACACACAUAGUCAUGUGCUUGAAUGUGAUGUUAACCCUGGCAGGAUGAAGGAAUUUAAUAUUCUUUCAGUGUGAUUCAGGAGAGCAUUUGCUUUCUUUUCUACCAGUUAACCCCAGCACUGUUUUUAAACACAUUAUCUGAAGGUAGAAGACAAAAGAGAGGGUCUAAGUAACUAAAGAAUGUUUCUGUUUUGUAA